AUGUCAGACUCUGACAGUGUGUUUCCCAAUGUCGCAUUCGACCCACGCGAACCGACCCCAAAAGCUGGAGUUACUACCACCAUCGCCACACGCGUAGAGGGCAUGUCCUUGGAGAACGCUGAUCCAUCUCUUCAUCUGAUUCGUCGCAACGACCAGGCCACAGUUCUGAAUGACCCCACUUCAACAUCCGUAUCCUCUCGCACCCAUACGGACCCUCUGGCCAAUGCCUCGUCUUCAGGCUCACUGACUGUCACAACGGCGAAGCAUGGUCGCAGGAUCUCGACCACGAUCACGCACAACGAUGUGGAGAAGUGGAUGGAUAGAGGUACUUACGGCGACGAGGUGCCAGACAACCAGAAUGAGGUCGCUGAGAAUGUUGCGUGUAUGGACAAGACUGGUGUGAACGCUGGCCAGGUGCAGAAGACUGACACCGAAGACGUGGACGGACUGAGGAAGAUUGAGCAAGACUCACACGAGGACCCCAGCCAGGCUGAGAAAGAAAUCACUCGUAUCACGGUGGAGUCCACUGCAGCCAACUUGCUGGCCGACCAGGAAGUUCAGAUGGCCGACUCGAUCGUCGUUGGCAUGCGGUGCGAUCAUUGUGGUGGAAAGAUCGUUUGGACUAAGGCAGGAGACUAUCUGAUGGUCUGCCAGAAGUGUAAAGAGCCGCAGUGAGAGACUGGAAGGAGCAGACACGGGUUGGACAAAGUACGCCUUCCACUUUAGUGCAUACACUGGGUUACCAUCGUCCGAGCAUUGCACGCGGCUUGUACUGGCAUAAGGAUUGAUCUUUCACAUUACGUACCGUGAAUACCAUAUGUUUCGACAGUUUUCUAGAGUAACAGAGAGACACACAAAUCAAUGUACUAAGACAUUAAAGGGAAUAAGUGCUCAAUGAUCGUGCUUGUCGGUGAUGCUCUCCCAAGCGCCUCUCGUUAGACGCUUAGUGUCAGUGUAUACCAAUCACUAGACCUGACACAUCUUUCUGAC